AUGAAGAGCACGAACAAUAAUGGUAGAAAAAGGUUUCUUUACGAUUCCGAUGAUAUGCUUGCUGAGGAAAAGCCUUACGAAACAUUCAUUGGGUCUGACAAAUAUCGUCUAAGAAAAAAAGUCGCCCUAGCAAGUAAGCCUUGCGAAAGUAAUUCCCCUUUAGAGGCCCUGUUUGAAUUGCCGGAUGAACUUUGUUCGCAGGCACUUACUGAUGUUGAAAAGCUAAAUUACCCGGUACCUUCUGAUUGUACGUCAAAUGAGGUAAAAGAAGAAGAGAAUAGAAAUUUCAAAACUUUGUCUACUGGAAAUUGUAAGAAUGCGAUACCUGAGUUGCAUAAGAAAACGGACGAUUUACAAAACCAUAUUAUCAAACAGUGCGGCGAGAUUACGAUGCUAAGAAAUCGUCUAUUGCAAUAUCAGAGCAAAGAAAUUAAUUUAAGAGAGCAGUUAGCACAACUGGAAAGUAGCAAACGGAGCGCCGAUGCGCAAAGCGAAAAAGUGUUGCAAAUAGAAAUUACUAACUUAAAAACACAGCUUUCGUUCAGAGAUAGAGAGUUGUUACAGCUGCAUGAGUAUAUUGACAAACUACAACUUUUUAAGUUUACUUCCGCUCAUCAACACAACCGUUGUAAUUUGUGGCAUUUACCGAACAUUCCAAUAGUCAAAGAUGAUUUACGCAAUAAUAAGUGUGAAUCAAAACUUGUUGGAAGUGUCGUUAAAUCUGAUACUGUCCAAGAUAGAAAUUCUAGUGUCGAAUUGUUACAUUAUAAAGUAUUAAUGAUGCAUAUACGAAAGACACUCGGCAAGAAUAUAACGAUUAAUAGCUUAUACACAAUUCUAGAUUCAUUUACCGAAAUUUUUACCAUCAAGAAAAAUUUUCAUUGGAUAGCAAUACAAAAAGAGUUUACUAAGCAAUUAAAAGCUUUCAAUGGAAAUAGCAUCGACCAAGUGAGAAUUUCAUCAUUUUUGAGAGCAGUUGAAGUAAUAAUCCAAGAAAUUGUCAAUGAAGAUACUAGUUUCAACUACACGUCACUAGGUGCUAAGAAAGUUAUGAUUAGGAUACCCUAUCUUCGUUGCAUCUUAGGUAUCUUGACCAUCCUAGCCCAAUGUAAGUCCUCAAUGGUGAAAUUUAUUUUAACAAAAUCUGAGGCGGAAUCGACUUUGGUUCUCGAGCAACAAAAGUCUCUAAUCAAACGAAAACUUUGCAUUGCCGACUACGAUAAGUUUGAUGAUAAAGAACUAAUUAAGAAAGAUCUUGUCACUGCAAAUUCAAUAGAAGAUGGAUUUACUUUCAAAAUCUUUCCUAAAGCAGUGUUUCUGGUUGGCUGUAAGGACUCUGAAAUAGCAGAAUAUGCUCUGCAAUUUCUGAUCGCUUUAGCUCAAAACUGUGAAUCCUCUAAUUUGGAAAAAUUAUGCUCAUGCCUUUCCGAAGAGAGAUCGAUGCUAUCUGGCAACGUUGAAAGAUGCAAAAAAGCUGUAUUAUCAUUUAUUUCUUCUCUAGCAACACAUAAGGCUUUUGUGCAAGAGUUACGAACCGAACGCGAAGGAUAUUUCAUUUGUGACGAAGUAAUGUUGAUAUUCUAA